CGCUUUACCUUUAGCGGGCAUCUCUGUAAUCCAGUGCGUGAUUUCCAUCGGUCAUUUCCGCGGUUGUACCGGGACUUCAGAAAGUCCGUCUGGCUCUGAUAGCGCUCAAAGUCUCAAAGGCUUGAAGAACAGCUUGACCAUCGACAACAUCACAGUAAACAUAGUCGCGCGGCAGUUGAAGGCAGCUCAUCAUAAAGCCAUGCGCGCGCUUCUCUUACUGUUGAUCUGUGUCCUGUCAGCGGCCAGCGCACAGGAGCCUGAUCUUGCCCACGGUUGUGCCCAUGGAAGCUGUUACCCUGCAACCGGUGACCUCUUGGUGGGUCGAGAGAUGAACUUGAAAGCUUCAUCCACCUGCGGCCUGCGGUGGAGAGAACCCUACUGCAUUGUCAGCCAUCUGCAGGAAGAGAAGAAGUGUUUCCACUGUGAUUCACGGCGAACUUAUGAUCCUUAUUCCAACCCCAUGAGUCACCGCAUUGAGAAUGUCAUCACCACCUUCAAACCACACCGCAAGAAGUCCUGGUGGCAGUCUGAGAAUGGAAAGUCUGACAUUUACCUUCAGCUGGAUCUGGAGGCAGAGUUUCACUUUACUCAUCUCAUCAUGACUUUUAAGACUUUCCGUCCAGCGGCCAUGUUGAUUGAGCGAUCUGCAGAUUUUGGCCGAACCUGGCAGGUGUACCGUUACUUCGCCUUCGACUGUGAGUCCACCUUCCCAGGAAUUUCCCAUGGUCCUCUUCGUAAAGUUGAUGAUGUCAUCUGCGAGUCCAGAUAUUCUGACAUCGAGCCGUCCACAGAAGGAGAGGUGAUUUAUCGUGUUCUUGACCCUGCAAUCCAGAUCGAAGACCCUUACAGCCCCAACAUUCAGAACCAGCUGAAGAUCACUAAUCUCCGUCUGAACCUCACCAAGCUGCACACUCUGGGUGAUAACCUGCUGGACUCACGGACCGAGAUCAAAGAGAAAUACUACUAUGCCAUAUAUGAGCUGGUUGUCAGGGGCAACUGCUUCUGCUAUGGCCACGCCUCCGAAUGUGCUCCUAUUGACGGCAUCAGGGAUGACAUUGAGGGCAUGGUACAUGGGAGGUGUGUGUGCAAACACAACACCAAAGGACUGAACUGUGAACAGUGUGAUGACUUCUAUAAUGACCUGCCCUGGGGACCAGCUGAGGGCCGUAACACUAAUGCCUGCAAAAAAUGCAACUGUAACGGACACUCCAAAGAGUGUCAUUUUGACAUGGCAGUGUAUCUGGCUACGGGGAACGUCAGUGGAGGUGUGUGUGACAACUGUCUCCACAACACCAUGGGCCGCAACUGUGAGACCUGUAAACCUUUUUAUUAUCAGGAUCCAACUCGAGACAUCAGAGACCCUGGAGUCUGCGUGGCCUGCGACUGUGACCCAGAUGGUUCUCUGAACGGUGGCAUUUGUGAUGGGCAUGAUGACCCCUCUCUGGGCAUGAUCGCUGGGCAGUGCCGCUGUAAAGACAACGUUGAAGGAGCACGCUGUGAUAAAUGCAAGCCUGGUUUCUUUGGGCUCAGUGCUAGUGAUCCUCGUGGCUGCCAACCAUGUAAAUGUGACCCCAGGGGUACAGUGUCCGGUAGUUCUCAAUGUGACCCUGUUAACGGAGACUGCUUCUGCAAACGCCUUGUCACUGGACACAGAUGCAACCAAUGUCUGCCUGAGCACUGGGCCUUGAGUCAUGACGCCAAUGGCUGCAGAGGAUGUGACUGUGAUGUGGGUGGAGCUACAGACAACCAAUGCUCAAUGGAAACAGGCCAGUGUCACUGUCGGAGUCACAUGAUUGGUCGCCAGUGUAACCAAGUGGAGUCUAGUUAUUUCUUCAUGGCCCUCGACCACUACAUAUACGAGGCUGAAAAUGCCAAACUGGCUCAAGGCUCUGCAUUUGAGGAGAGAGAGUACCAGCCGGGCCGUCACGUCUCGUGGACAGGCACUGGGUUUGCACGGGCUCCUGAAGGUGGUACGUUGGAGUUUGCCAUUAACAAUAUUCCAUAUUCUAUGGAAUAUGACAUCCUCCUUCGCUAUGAGCUUCAGAUGCCACGAGACUGGGAGGAGGUCCGUGUAAUGGUGAUUAGACCUGGCCCCAUACCUACCAGCAGUCCAUGUGGAAAUACCAUCCCUGCAGAUGAUCUGCUAACUGUAUCGCUCCCAUCUGGUGCCAGGUUUGUGGUUCUUCCUCAGCCGAUGUGUUUGGAGAAAGGAGUGAGUUACAAACUGCGUGUGGAGUUCAUCCCUUAUGCUGACAGGAACAGCAUUACCUCAACUAAUGCCUUUGUACUUGUUGACUCUAUUGCCCUUCUCCCUCGUUACUCUUCUCUAGAGAUGUUUACCGCGGGAGACCCUGCCUCCGUCGCACGAAAGCAGAGCUACGAGCGUUACCGCUGCCACGAGACUGCCAAGAGUGUGUCCCGUCCACAGAUGAGUGAAGUGUGUGCUAAACUCAUCACCAGCAUGUCUGCCCUCAUUAACGACGGCGCAAUGCCUUGUGAAUGCGAUCCUCAGGGUUCGCUCAGCUCUGAGUGUGAUGUCCGUGGGGGUCAAUGCCGCUGCAGGCCCAACAUAUCAGGCCGGUGCUGUGAUAAAUGUGCACCAGGAGCUUACGGCUUUGGCCCUUCCGGAUGCAAACUUUGUGAAUGUAGUUUGGAGGGCUCGCAGAGCCGAUUCUGUGACCAGUACUCAGGACAGUGUCCAUGUCGGGCCGGUGCAUUUGGUCAGCGCUGUGAUGGUUGUCAGGCUGGACACUGGGGCUUCCCAAACUGCAGGCCAUGUGAAUGUAAUGGACAUGCUGAUGAGUGCCACCAAAGGACUGGAGCCUGUAUCAACUGCAGAAGCAAUACAGCCGGGGAUAAAUGUGACAGGUGUGCUAAUGGUUACUAUGGAAACCCGGCUCUUGGUUUAGGGAGUCUGUGUCGGUCCUGCCCCUGUCCUGAGGGCCCCAACAGCGGACGCCACUAUGCCGCCUCUUGUUACCAAGACAACCGCAACCAACAGGUGGUCUGCAACUGCAACCAGGGUUACACAGGUCCACGAUGUGACGAAUGUGCUCCGGGUUAUUACGGCGACCCCUCUAAGCCCGGUGGACGGUGCCAACCUUGUCGUUGCAGUAACAACAUCGACCUAUCAGAUCCUGAGGCAUGUGACAAGCAUACUGGCCAGUGUCUCAAGUGCCUGUACAACACUGAAGGACCGGACUGUGGCGUGUGCAAGAGCGGAUACUAUGGAGAUGCUUCCCGCCGCAACUGCCGGAAGUGCACAUGCAACUUCUUGGGCACGGAGCGCAGUCAGUGUCUAUCUCGAGAUGACUGCGUGUGCCAGCGUGCCACAGGACAGUGUCAGUGUCUGCCUCACGUUAUUGGACAAACCUGUGAUCACUGUGCUCCCAAUUACUGGAACCUGGCGAGUGGACGAGGCUGUGAGCCCUGUGGCUGUGACCCCAACAAUGCCUACACAUCUGCCUGUAAUGAGUUCACAGGUCAGUGCCAGUGCCGUGUUGGGUUUGGAGGGAAGACCUGUAAAGACUGCCAGGAGAACCACUGGGGUGACCCAAGAGUACUGUGUCGAGCAUGUGACUGCGACCCCCGGGGCAUCGAGUCAUCUCAGUGCAAUCGUCUGACUGGUCACUGCGUGUGCCAGCAGGGAGUUUCUGGCGUCCGCUGUGAUCAGUGUGCCCGUGGUUUCUCUGGCACCUUCCCUGAUUGCAAACCUUGCCACCAGUGCUUUGGGGACUGGGACCGCAUCAUUCAGGAUCUGGCAACCAGAACCAAAGCUCUCACAGAUCGAGCCAAGGAGCUUCAGACCACCGGCUUGACUCGAGCCUUUGAGAGAAGAUUUAAGGAGUUGGAGGACAUGCUGGCACAGGCGCGGGACAUUGUUAACGCCCGCAAUGCCACUGCUGAGGCUGUGACCACUCUGAUGGGCAUGAUCGAGGAUCUCAGAGCUCAGAUUGGUGAGACCACGGACACACUGAACCAGCUGGAGGGAGACCUGACCGCUGUGCAGGACAGCAACUAUGAAGCCAGCAAUGCAUUAAGUACCCUGGAGAGAGAAGCAAAAGAACUCAAACUGAACUCAGAUCAGCUUAACCGUCAGCUUGACCUCCUCAAGAACUCCAACUUCUUGGGUGCAUAUGACAGCAUCCGGGCCUCGUACAACAAGUCACGUGAUGCAGAGCACCGCGCCAACAGAUCUACCACUGACAUUCCCAGCACAGUGAGCCAAUCGGCAGACACCCGCAAGAAAACAGAGAGACUGAUUACCCAAAAGAGAGAUGAUUUUAACCGCAAAAAUGCUGCCAACAAACGUACACUCACAGACUUAAAUGCUAAAGCUCAGAAUUUGGACAUAAAGAAAAUCAAUGAAAAGGUAUGUGGAGCACCGGGGGGUGCUCCAUGUGUGGACAGUCCUUGUGGCGGUGCUGGUUGUCGUGAUGAUGAAGGCAAGCGCCACUGUGGUGGUCUGAAUUGCAAUGGAGCUGUUGCAGUGGCCAACAAUGCCCUGGACAGAUCCAAGCAUGCAGAAAAAGAGCUGGAUAAAGCUAUGGGAGUAGUGGAGGAGCUUUUUAAGCAGGUGGCAGAUGCUAAGACCAAGGCUCAGGAAGCUAAGGAUAAAGCCCAGGCAGCUUUGGAAAAAGCUAGUGAUACCAAAAAUAAGGUGGAUCAUUCUAACAACGACCUGAGGGACCUCAUCAAACAAAUUCGUGAAUUCCUCAUGGAGGAGGGGGCAGAUCCUGACAGCAUUGAGGCAGUGGCCAAUCGGGUGCUGGAGCUGUCAAUCCCAGCUUCUCCCAGGCAGAUUCAACACCUCGCAGAUGAGAUUAAAGACCGUGUCAAGAGCCUAUCCAAUGUGGACGCCAUUCUGGAACAGACCCAGAAUGACGUCCGCAAAGCAGAACAACUGCUGCUGGAUGCCAAGAAAGCCAGGAAUAAGGCGGAGGGAGUGAAGAGCACGGCUGAGAGUGUGAAAAAGGCCCUGAACGAUGCCGGCAGGGCUCAGGCAGCUGCAGAAAAGGUCAUUCAGAAAGCUAGAAAUGACAUCGGCUUAACUCAAAACCGUCUAGCACAGAUCCAGUCAGAGACCACAGCUCGUGAGAGAGAUCUUAAUAAUGCUAUGGGCAGACUGGGAGAUCUGGGACGCCAAAUAGAGGCUUUAAAAACCAAACUUGCCAACAACAGCCUGGAUGCAGCCCGGGCAGAGGAGACGGCCACUAUGGCCCGGGACAAGGCCAAUGAAGCUAAAGAGAUCCUGGAGGGCGAGCUGUCCGAUAAGUAUCGUACUGUUCAGGGUCUGAUGGACAAUAAGGCGAAAACAAUGCAGGAUGCCAAGCAGAAAGCAGAGCGCCUGAGAGAUGAAGCCAAGGAGCUGCUAAGGGAUGCCCAGGAUAAACUGCAGAGGCUGGCAGAGCUUGAAAAGGACUAUGAGGAAAAUCAGAAGGUAUUGGAAGGAAAAGCCAGGCAGCUGGAUGGCCUGGAAGAUAAAAUGAAGGCAAUCCUGAAUGCAAUCAAUAAGCAGAUUCAGAUCUACAACACCUGUCAAUAAUCGGUCACAGGAAGGAAAGCACAACAGCUGGACUGCUGCUGUCUCUGAAAGUUCACUACUGUCUGAAAGGAUCUGUCAUUUGACUCUUUUCCCAGGCUGCUACAGUUUUUGCCAACAAACCUACAAGACAAUGCCAAACUGCCACCAGACGCGAUUUCUGGAACAAAUGUUGUUUUAAUGAAGGGCUACUGUUAUAACAACUCUACAUUAACCUCUUUUCAUUCUGGAACUGAAUGCAAUGCAGAUGUUCACAUGUGUCUUGUAAGGCAGAGCAGUAUUCUACUUUCUUGGUAUUAGAAAUGUGCUUCUAAAAUACUGAAUAUGAUGAAGAUACUGAGUUUGCUUGAAUGUAAGAGACACUGAAUCAUGCCACAGAAGUUUUAUUGUAUAGAUUUUCUGCUUGCCCUUUUUCUUUUAAAACUGGUAUAGCUUGGUACUUUAUUAACACUCGUUUUCUAAUGAGAUACAUUUGUUGUCUUUUGAGAAAUUAGUUUCUAUAAUAGGCUGAAUAUCUGUCUGAGAAAUUACAGUAAAAGACAUUGUUAAAUGAAGUAAAAUGAGUUGUCCAUUUAGAGUCAUUGUAUCAUGUACAUUGAUGUACACCGUGUUUCUUCUCACGAUAAAUAAUACAAAUAAAUAAUA